AUGGAUGAAAAGAAACAGUUCAUGUGUGACGAGACUGGCGAUGAGGCCCAGUUGCCUCCUCGCAAGACUCCGUCUCCUGCAAAGAAAGCCGUUGUUGCUUGUUUCGCCCUGUGGCUCGUGACACUAACUUUUGGUGUCCGUCCUAUGAAGUCAUGCUAUCAUCAAAUGAGAAAGCCAUGGGGCGUGCCCCUUACCGUCGAGGAGAGGGCUCACAAUAUUCUAUCUCAUACUCCAUUGAUAGAUGGCCACAAUGACCUCCCUAUUCUCGUCCGAGGAUUCUUCAACAACCACAUCUACGAGAAGAACUUCACUGAGCCCUUUGAGAACGGUGGUCUUGUUGGCCACGUUGAUCUGCCCAGGCUUCGCAAGGGUCAGAACGGCGGCGUCCAGUGGACUCUUGACCAAAUCGAUCUCAUGACCCGCAUCAAGGACUCCUAUCCCAAGGACUUCUCCUCAAGCGCGAACAGCGGCGCCGCUUUGAAGGCAUGGGAGAAGGGCCAGCUCAUCUCCCCUCUGGGCGUCGAGGGUCUGCAUCAAAUCGGCAACUCUGUCGCCAAUCUCCGACGCUACCAUGCCCUGGGUGUCCGCUACUCGACCCUCACCCACAACUGCCACAACAAGUUCGCCGACGCCGCGCUGCUCGAAAGCCCUCUGCGCAAGGCAGAGCCUCUGUGGCACGGGUUGAGCCCUGCCGGUCGCCGUCUCAUUCACGAGAUGAACCGUGUCGGGUUGAUUGUCGACCUCUCCCAUACAAGCGCCGAGACACAGAUUGAUGUCCUCGGGGGCAAGGACUGGGAAGGCAGUAAGGCGCCUGUUAUCUACAGCCAUAGCUCCGCAUUCAGCGUCUGCCCGCACCCCCGCAACGUCAAGGAUGACGUUCUGAAGCUCGUCAAGGAGCGCAACGCGGUUGUCAUGGUCAACUUUGCGCCUGACUUCAUCUCCUGCGUCGACUCCGGCAACGAGAACGGUCUGCCCACCUACGUCCCCGCCAACGCCACGCUUGACCAGGUCGUCAGGCAUGUCCUGCAUAUUGGCAAACUUAUCGGUUUCGACCACGUCGGUUUCGGCUCCGACUUUGACGGGAUUGCGUCGGUGCCCAAGGGUCUGGAGGACGUGUCCAAGUACCCAGGCCUUGUUGCCGAGCUGCUGAGGCAGGGUUUGAGUGACGAGGACGUGGCAAAGGUCGUUGGCGGAAAUGUUCUUCGCGUCUGGAAGGAGGUUGAGGCGGUUGCCGAGAAGCUGCAAAAGGAUGGCCACCCUGUUCUUGAGGAUGAUAUCGCAAGCCCGAAGUGGUAG